AUGAGUGUUAAAUAUCGCCCACCGAAUGCACCUUAUCAUAUUGCUAUACUUGGUCGGUCAGGUGUAGGUAAAAGUUCAUUAUGUAAUUCAAUUCUUGAUGUAUCGUCUGAACAGACAGAUUCCGCGCCUGUUGGGGUCAUUGAAACAACUUUAAUACCAACAUCUUAUAAAUUAAUGGAUAAUGUUUUCAUUUGGGAUGUACCUGGUGUUGCAACUCCAUCAAUAACUAAGAAUGAUUAUUGUAAAUUAAUUGAUAUAAAUCGUUAUGAUAUGUUUCUUAUAUUAUCUCGUGGACGUUUUACUGAAAUUGAUUUAUGGUUAAGUGAUAUUGUUCGAGAUCGUUUUAAUAAAACACUUUUUUUCGUUCGUACUGGUAUUGAUGAAGAAUUACGAAAUCAUCGUCGUGAUUAUCCAGGUAAUUUCAAUGUAAUUAAUGUUCUCGAUCUUAUUCGUAAUAAUUGUUUUCGAAAUCUUGAAACAAGUUUCUCAAUGACAAAUCUCACUCUUUAUCUUAUUAAUACAAAAGAUAAGACAAAGUAUGAUUUUCCACAAUUAAUCGAUGAUAUUAUGAAACAUAUUAAUCAAGAACGUGAUACACGUGUAUUAACAUUAAUCAAAGAUGAUCCAGAAGAAGAACAACAACAACAACCUGCUCCAUCUCUUCUUUCGAAUCCAGCAUUACAAACUGCGACGACAAUUGUAACAAAAUGGGCGCGAUUUGGUUUGGUUUCAUAUCUUUACGAUCGAUAUUAUACUGAAAAAGACAAAACUGAAUAA